AUGUCUACCGCUGUCCGUGCUCCUCUCGCAGGGCGUAUCUCUCGUGCCUCCUCUCUCGUGCCGGUCCAAGGCGACCAUGAUCUCUUGCGCGCUCCGGCGACCCCUCCACGGGUGAAGCUGUUAAGCUACGGCGAUGGUCUGGAAGUCUUUUUGACUUCUACGGCGGAAUGGUCUGUGCUGCUGUCGCUGUCAGACGAGGCUCAUGCUGAUUGGAAGCGAGUGACGGAAACGUCUAACAUUGAGUGGUACGACAGCUCGUCAGUUGGCUCUGUGAGGCAUCUAGGCUACCCUCUGUAUCAUACAGAGGAGCAGUUGCAGCAUUUCCUGGAUUCCAUUACCGUGAAGAUUCAGCGUCAUUGCAAUCUGCUCACCAAGCGGCAGCUAUCCAUUCGUGGAAAGGGUUUAGUGGCGAAUUCCCUUCUGCUGUCUCGCUUGUGGCAUCUCCUGCGUGUGGUUGUGGUUCCUGACAAGUGGCUGGAGGAGGUACAGCGCGUGGUACGCCAGUACAUCGUCUCGUUUUGGCCUACUGUGGCUUGGGAUUCUCUCUGCCUUCCUAGGAAGCAUGGAGGUAUUGGUCUGGUUGACAUCAAGAAGCAGCAUCUCGCCUUGCAUCUCAUAUAUGUCAAGCGUCUGCUUCGUCCUAGAUCCCCAGCGGAUUUCCUCACUCCCUGGCUGAUGUAUACAUUUCAUGUAUACUCAGGUCAUGCUACUGUGCUGCCUUUGCUGCUAUACCCACGUACCUGCUGGCCUCGUGUGCGGAAAUGCCCUCACUUGGAGCAUCUGGCUCGUCUGCUCACUCGUUUGCCUCCCUUGACCCUCACUCCUGAGUGGCCGUCUUGGUGGCUCCUAGAUCUGCCCUGGUUACAAGUAUGCUCCCCGUCUCCCACAGCGACUUUGCCUUUGACUAGGAACAGUGACAAACUGCCACCUCAUGCCUUGAUUGCCAGCCUCUUGAGCGUGCUCCCCGGCUCCCACAUCUUGGUUUGCGUGCGUCCCCGUGAUACUGCUGCAUUGCAACAUCUGUUCAAUGCCUUGUGCCCCAUCGAGGGUCCUCCUGUCUGGGUUGUCCCUGCUCCUCUCAGGUCUGUCAUGGCUUUCACCGCUCCAGAGCGCACCGCACUGCUGGAGAGUUCCACUACCCCCUCUCCACCCACGGCUAGCUUUUCGCAUUGGUUCAUCACCACUGGCCCUCGCUCAAAAGCUACAGUGGACAAGAUCACGCUCGGGGCGUUACGCCGUUCCUGGUAUCCGUCAUUUGACAUGUUGCGUUGCCCAGCCCAUCCUCCUGGCUAUCGCCCAUCACAUCUCCUGCUUCCUCCUCGCCUCUGGCGUGAUUUUUGGUCUCUCUGUCUCCCGCCCAAGGCAUUUACACCGUGGUGGCGUUUGCUGCAUGGACAUCUCUCGGUGCAGGUUCGCCUGCAUUCCAUGAACCGUGUGAAGUAUCCUUCCCCAUUGUGUAAGGUGUGUCAUGAAGCGCCUGAAGAUGAAUACCAUAUGGUCAUUGGCUGCAGUAUGAAGUCCCUCUUCUUGUAUGAGUUUGUCUCUCACCUCGGUCUUGCUGAUCUGUUCCCUACGGACGAGGCCAUUUGGAUUGGGUUGACCACCCUUCACGGCCAGGACAACAAUCCUCUGGACAUUUCCAUCUUGGAACUUCUCGGCUCUGCCUUCUCAUCUCUCUGGCAACAUCAUUGGGGCUGCACAAUUGAUGGUAAAUCCUGGAUCACUCGGGCUGUUUUCUCCUCUUUUCUGGAAAAUUAUUCCAGGUUAAGUUCUUCUUUCUUAGACAUGCAAGACCCUUAUGUUACCUUACUGUCUAUAAUAUAA